AUGAAUCCAUCUGACUUUUAUAUGAGACUCCUCCACGUUGUAGAUAGAAAACACCCAACCGAAGAAGAGCACGAUAAAAUUGAAAAUUUGGUCUCUGCUUACAAUUCUAUAGAGCUAGAGGAUGAUUUUGAUGCAUCAAAGCUGGAGCCUUUGGCAAAUAAGCACUUAGUUGCGUCUACAAAUUUCGCCGAACAAUUUACGCUAUUAUUCAGAAGAGCUUGGAUAAAUGCAAGAAGAGACCCUCUUGCAGGACAGCUUUUGUUUAUUGAAUACAUAAUGGUUGCUGUUUUGGUCGACUUGAUUUGUAAUAAUCUAGCCAAAAAUUAUGACUCUUCUCGAACUAGGACUCAAUUGCUGUUCCUUUCUAUGGCAACUGUAAGUUUCUUUUCCUGUCAGAAUGCAGCUAUGCAAUUUCCAAGUGAGACUCCUUUGUUCCUAAAAGAAAGUAAGCAAAGGAUUUAUUCCACAGCUUCUUAUUACUUAUCAAAAUCAAUUGCUGACCUUCCAAUGCAAUUUUUACCACUUUUAGUGUAUUGCCUCAUGGUGUAUUGGGUGAUUCCUUUCAAUGAUUAUGAUGCAAGCAAGUUUUUUAUUUUUUAUUUUGUUUUAAUAUUAUUGCAAAUAUCUACUAUCGGAAUCGGGUAUAUUUUAGGCUGUAUGGUAAAAACAGAAACUGUGGCUUUAGCAAUUGUUCCAGUCUUUUUACAGCCUAUGAUGCUUUAUUCAGGUUUAUUCCCUAGUGUAAAUCAUUAUCCUGAAGGCUUUUCAUGGAUUCAGUAUAUAUCUGUAAGAUUUAUUUAG